AUGAGACUUAGUUCUAUCCUAAAGUGUGCCGUAUUGGCACAAUUUGCUGUCUCAAGUGCUCUUCCAAGCAAGAGUCAGGGAAACGACUACACAAGGCUCUCCUCAGCAUUUGGGUGCCAGCUUUAUGGAUUUCCCGACAACGAGGAUGGAUCUGCCAAUAAUGCCAUCCCACCCAACCUUCGAUCUGGCUCUAGAUUCAAAUACUGUCCUGCCGGGGGUGCUCAGUUGACUUCUCCCAGUCUUAGAGAUGCCAGAGGCACUAGAGGGUCGCUUGAUGCCGUUCAUUACCCUGGCGAUGCUGGCGAUGAAGGCGACUGGGUCCACUUUGACGAUUUCAUGGGCCAAGGUAUUGCAUUCAUUAAGAAUAACAACAUGCAGGACGGCCUAGAGCUUGAUCUUUGGAAUGGGCCUGACUCAACCUUGUUCUGGAACACAGAUUACUCACAAUACCUCGAGACCUGGACGCGCAUGUGCAAGCGCUUCAACCUAACAAAUACUGGAGCUGUACCUUGA